GGAGACACAGCCGAGUCGCCUUCCCGCUCCAUCCCUCGGGGUGGGGGGACCGCGGGGUCCUACCCACCCUGCCAGCAGCCUCGCGUGGGGCGGGCGGCGCCGGUCGCCCCUUUAAGCGGGCUGUGGCGGGGCCGCCCCGCCGGCCGGGAUAGGCCGGGCCGGGCCGGGGCCGCCUCCCGCCCUCGGCAGCGGGCGGGCGGCUGGGCUCGGCUCGGCGGGGCUCGGCGCGGCGCUGCAGGCUCCGGUCCUGGCUCCGUGCGGCAGUGCCUCUCCCAGCGCCGCCGCUGCUCCCCGCUUCGCCGCUGGCGCCGGGCUGCGAGGGGCAGAGGCAGAGGCGGAGGCAUGCCCAGGCGGAGCAUCGCGGAGGUGAAGGUGCUGGACGUGCAGAAGAGGCGCAUCCCCAACAAGCACUAUGUGUACAUUAUCAAAGUCACCUGGUCCAAUGGGUCCACAGAAGUCAUAUACCGACGAUACAGCAAAUUCUUUGACCUGCAGAUGCAAAUGCUGGACAAGUUUCCAAUGGAAGGAGGGCAGAAGGACCCCAAGCAAAGGAUCAUCCCCUUUCUGCCCGGGAAGAUCCUCUUCCGCCGGAGUCACAUCCGCGACGUUGCAGUCAAGCGCCUGAUACCUAUUGAUGAAUACUGCAAGGCUCUGAUCCAGCUGCCUCCCUACAUCUCCCAGUGUGAGGAGGUUCUCCAGUUCUUUGAGACACGGCCUGAUGACUUGACGCCCCCCAGGGAGGAGCCCAUUGGAAAGAAGAGGUCUGGAGCUGACUCUGCAUCGGUUGACCCCUUGGUGCUGGAGCAGUAUGUCGUGGUGGCGGACUACCAGAAGCAGGAGAGCUCCGAGAUCAGCUUGUGCGUGGGCCAGUUGGUGGAUAUCAUUGAGAAGAACGAAUCAGGCUGGUGGUUUGUGAGCACAUCAGAUGAGCAAGGCUGGGUGCCAGCGACCUGCCUGGAGGCCCAGGAUGGUGUCCAGGAUGAGUUCUCAAUGCAGCCCGAUGAAGAGGAGAAGUACACUGUUGUUUACCCAUAUACCGCAAGAGACCAGGAUGAAAUGAACCUGGACAAAGGGGCUGUGGUGGAAGUGAUCCAGAAGAACCUGGAGGGCUGGUGGAAAAUCAGGUACCAGGGCCAAGAAGGCUGGGCCCCUGCCUCCUACCUCAAAAAGGGGAAUGGAGAGAUGUUCUCGCAGAAGCUGGGGUCAGGCUCCUCCGCUCAUUCAUGUGCCUUGGAUCUGGAUGGCAUCUCCCGGCAGCAGGUCGUGGCAAGCCGAGAGAAGGACGGGCUCGCUGGCCAAAAGGAUGGGAGAUUCGACAGCCGUCCCCUGCCCAAUGCUGACAUCCGACGCAAGUCACCAAAGAUGAGGCAGAGACCACCUCCUCGCCGAGAUCUCACCAUACCGCGUGGUUUGAACCUGCCUAAACCUCCUGUUCCUCCUCAAGUGGAAGAGGAAUAUUACACCAUCGCUGACUUCCAGACCACCAUCCCUGACGGCAUCAGCUUCCAGGCAGGAAUGAAAGUUGAGGUUAUUGAGAAGAACCUGAGCGGCUGGUGGUACAUUCAGAUUGAGGAGAAGGAAGGCUGGGCCCCCGCCACAUUCAUCGAUAAGUACAAGAAAACCAGCAAUGCGUCCAGGCCGAAUUUCCUGGCUCCACUACCCAACGAGAUGGCCCAGCUCCGGCUCGGUGAUGCCGCAGCCGAUGGCAGUGCCAGUGAGGAAUUGACAGGACCAUGCCGUCCUCUGCCAGAGGCUCCUCCUAAUGGUACAGACUGUGGUGGGAAGUGGGCCAAAGACUGGAAGGGGAAGGAGGCUCCCAAGAGUGGGGACCUAGCCUUUGCCAGUGGUUACGAGGAGAUCUCAGACCGUGACACGGAGGAGAAGCCCAGCCUGCCACCCAGGAAGGAGUCCAUCAUUAAAUCGGAAGGUGAGUUAAUGGAGAGGCAGAGGCCUCCCCCCAAGCCCCCGGGCAUGAUUUUGCCCAUGAUCCCACCUAAGCAGUCAGUGGCCCCGAAGGACAGCAAGAAGCCUGAGUUGAAACCAGAGAAGGGCAAACUCUUCCAGCUGAAAAACGAAAUGGGACUAGAAUGUGGACACAAGGUGUCAGCCAAGGAAGUGAAGAAGCCAAACCUCCGGCCUAUUGUUAAGCCAACCAAGCCAAAAUCUGAGCCCGUGGAGGACAAGCCUGAGCCCAUCACCCAGAACCCAUUCUUGAAGUCAAGACCUCAGAUCAGGCCAAAACCUGCUGCAGCCUCCCGAACUGACCCACCACCAGCUGAUGAUAAACUGGACAUCUGCAGCCUGCGCAGCAAGCUUAGACCUGCAAAGUGCCCAGAGAAACCCUCCGAGCAGGACACCGCUCCUGGCGAAAGCUCCUUCAGUAACGCCGUGGUCUCUCUGGAGGCUUCUGGAAGGUUUCAGGAGCGACCAAGCACGGAAAGCAAACCCCUACCCAAGCUGGACAGCCACCCUGUGAAAGAGGCACAGCCCAAAUCUCCUGUAGGCCCGGCAAACACUGUGGGUGCCAGGGAGCCCCCGCUGCAGCGCCCUGUUGUGCCACCCCGGAGACCACCCCCUCCAAAGAAAACUGGGGGUCCUGCCUCCAGCCCGGCAGCAGAGCUCAGGGCCCCGGCACGGGAAGUGCCUGAAAUCAGGUCAUCCCCGGUGCCAGGGAGGCCCAUGCUGGUUCCUCCAAAAGCCAAGCCGUUCCUCUCUACCUCUGUCCAAGAUGAAGCCAAAGUGAAAAGCAGCAUAAGCCCAAAGGUCAUAUCCAAGCCAGUGGAAAGAGGGGAAGCCAAGGAGAGGACCUCAGCCCCAGUAUCCAGUCCGGACAUCUCCAGGGAAGCUCUCUAUGUGGCAGUGGCAGAUUUUGAAGGUGAUGAGGAGACCAACAGCUUUAAAGAAGGGACUUUGUUUGAAGUUCGUGAGAAGAACAGCAGCGGCUGGUGGUUUUGCAAGGUCCUGACUGGGGGGCCAUGCUGGGAGGGCUGGAUCCCUUCCAAUUACCUACGGAAGAAGCCAUAGCCGCUCCUCUGCAUGGCUGGACGUUCCCUGGUCUCUCACCUGAGUAUUUAAUUAGCAGAUUAAUUUAUAGUUUUCUGUGAGGCUAGCUUUAAAAAAAAAAAGAUAAUAAUUGAGAUCCCACGCACCCCAGCUGGUGCCUGUUGGCAGCAGUGUGGAGGAAGCAGCUCAGCCUCCCUUCCCCACCCAUACACUCCCACCCGCCCUCCUCCCCGCAUCCUUCCCCCGAGCACUGUGCUCCUGUGGCCAUGCCAGCAGCCUAGCUGUGCAGCCAGAGCUGCUCUGGCCAAGCUUUGUGGCAUACAAUGGCUACCAUGGUUCUUUCUGCUGGGGAGAUGGACCUUGAUAGACAUUUUUGCCACCUGUAUGGGGAAUUAAAAAGAAAUAUGGGGAAAAAUAGCCAGGGAGAGAAGUAUGGAACAGUGCCAAUGAAGGACAUCUGGCCGCACAAAAGGAUUUGCCUUUCAUUGAGGCUCAGGGUCACAGUCAAAUGUUGUAGGUCAUGUUGCUUAGUUCAGGUAUGUAGCAGAGCCACAGGGAAUGUGGCAAAAAGGAGGAAUGAUUGCUCAGAAUGGGGUCCCUGUAGCUCUGCAUGCACGUGCAGGCACAGGCAUUGCUCUGGUUAAGGGCUGUGCCUUCCCCCCAUGCAUGCCAUGGGACCAUCCCUGGUCCUUCCCUGCUCUACAAUGACAAAUGUUAACUUAAACAUCCUCCUGGUGGAAAAAAAAAUAUAGAAAAAUAUACACACGCACAUAUAUAACAGGUCCUCUCUGUGCUGAUCCAGGAUGCUAUGCAGGCCUCCCCCUUGCAGUAUUACAACCACCAACAAGAGGUGUUUUGCUUCAGUAGCUGAAGAAUACUAUGCAAGGCAUGGAGGACCAAAACGACCCCAAAAGCCCUGGGAAGAGGAUGCUUUGUUUUCCUUCUCACACAGACUGCCCUGCCUGUUGGACUAAUUGGGGACCACCCGUUCCCACGACCCACAGAGCUUUCCUGGGCUGGCAGGCAGCAGCCAAGAGGUGGGUCCUUCAGUAGGUGCUGAUAUUAUCAAGUGCAAUCGAGAAUGUGGGAGUUCAGCUCCUCAUCACAACCAGUUGCGAGGCAUGUCUGGUGCUCAGGGGCUCCCUGCCUUGUUUGUCACCCCAUCUGCCUGUCUUCCAGGUGCUUUCAUUUCAUCCUGUGUGGUGGGCUGUUUGGGGGCUUCGGGUCAAGCAGAGCCUGGGGUUUUUCUAGCUGCCAUUCUUGCCUGCAGUGUUGCUUAUCCCAGCAGGAGGAUGAGCAUGGAUGAGCUGUCAUUCCUCAGUGCUGCUUUCUUCCCUUCUGUACUUGGCUACUUGCAGAUUCAGGGUCACAUUUCUUUCUCUGGAAGAGCUUUAAACUCAACACCUCUGUGGGUUUCUUGCUGACCAAGCCGUUUGCCCUUUCUAGUCUAACUGCAAGUGCUGCAGCCGCAACUCCUCAGUUGCGUUGCUUUGCUGCUGAAAAAUAUUCUAGUUUUCCCUCUAAUUUGAGGCUGCCAGAACUGAAGGAGUGUUCUUCACUCCCCAAAACACUCACUUCCUUCUCUGUCCCAUAUUUUCUACCCUCGAAACAUGGAGUUGAAGAUAUCUCUGUACAGAAUGAAAAUGGUGAUGCCUCAGGCCAGGGUCAUUCUGGGAGGGUGAUGGGGCAGUUUGUCCCAGCCCUGGUUUGAUCUGAUAGAGAAGUCCUGACCAUCCCAGUCUGGCCUCAUAUCCAGAAGCCCCAAGGUUCAGUUUUAGCCGUGGGAAUGCAUGCACUCCAGUCUCCAGCUGAUUCCUCUCCCUCCCACCUAUGGCUUCUCUGGUGGCACAUCAGCCUCUGAUCAGGCUGACUCACCUGAGCUGGCAAUAAGCAAUACAUCUGCAACCCAAUCCAAUAACAAAGCUCCUUGUGUGGCAUGUUGCGAGGUGUUGAUGUGCUCCCGAGAGAGUUGCAGGGUGGAUUGGGGGAACAAUGCUGCCUUGUUUCUGUGCAUCUCUUGCUCCAGUAAGUCCCUUUUUCUUUGGAAAGGAAUGGGGACAGGAUAAGUUAAGGCAGAGCUGCCCAGUGACCCUACUGUAUCUGGGGAGGGGACUGGACCUGUGUCCCCCAUCCACUCUGGCACUUUCACGCAGGGGGUGGAAGGGCUAUGUGCCCUUUCCCUGUGGCACUGCUCUGUCUUUACUGAAUGGCCCUUUAAUCUCAGAAGUGUCUCUCCCUUCUCUGUCUCAGAGACCUCACUGCCCCCUGCUUUCCUCAGAGGGGACAAUGCUAUUUCUGUUGCCUCUGUACUAAAUGAGGGCUAUUUCUGCUUUUGUCCCAGACUGAACCUCAGAACUGGUAGUGCUUCAUUUUGCUGACACAAGUACUGUAUUUGGCUCAUUGAGCGUGUGACAGGAUUGCUUCCUUGUUCCCAAAGACCUUCUAAGAAGGCAGGGUGAGUGCCCAAGGUGGGGGUCACCCUUGGCAGGGUGCCGACACCUCCAGCCGUACCCCUUCCUAGUGCACUUCCAUCUGCAAAGGGACCACAGGCUGGACAACAGCUCCCAUCGGGAAGAUGCCAAGAGCCAUUGGGUUGGCAGGGCUUUACCGCCCCCCCAACAUCUGACAUGUGCCCCCCAGUUCGGCAGCCACACAUGCCCUCUGUACCUUGCAUGUCAAAUGUGGCCAAGAUCCCUGACUACCUCGUGAGGAGGACGAGGGUGGCUGGGGUCUCAUUUCCCUGAGCUUGGCCGCAAGUUACAUCACCCCAUCAGCCAAAGACCAACCUCCCUCCUUGCCCACCACCAGCGCAGCCCCAAGGCCGGGGCUUGGAGCAAGGAGGGGCAUUCCUGCGGCUUGGGGCAGAAGAGGCGGGUGUCGGGGGAGUCCCACAGCUUGGCACAUCCUUGGCAGGCUAGAGGCCCCUGCUGCACUCCGCUCCUUCUUGCAAGCUCUCGAAGACCAUUUGUCUGUCCAUGUCUCACUAUAUUAUGUAAGCGUGUAUCUACAUUACUGUGGGCGGGUGGGGGGGGGUUCAGCGGAUGGUAGAUGUAGCUGUGUAAAUGCCGUAUCUAUACUUUUACCAUUAGGGGACUGAUUUUUUUUUUUUAUUCAGUGGGUUUUGCGGGGGGGGUUUUUUUUGUGUUUUGUUUGUUUGGUUUUUUUUUUUUAAGAAAUAAAAAGAAACUGCUUGACUGGUUUCAAGCACCCUUGUGAA